AUGGCCUACCAUCUGAGAUCUGCAAGUGUGCCUUCGAGCCCUCACUCGAGCGAAACCAGUGUCGAGGAACAACUGCAGAGCCUGAAGGCGACUGUCUCUUCGCCUUCUGCGACUGUCCAAACCAUGAGAGAGAGUUUGACAAAGCUUGGAAGCAUAUACAGCUGCAUCGAUGAGCUCACAUGCUUUCCCAGCAGUCAGAGGAAGGUGGUGGAGGAGGAGCUCGAGAGCUCUCUCGUCCUGCUCGACCUCUGCAAUGCCAUGCAAGAGAGCUUCGCAGAGCUCAAGACCAUCAUCCUGGAGAUUCAAUUGGCUCUCAAAAGAGGAGAUCAAGCGGCUGUUCAGGCCAGGGUUCAGUCUUAUGCUCGCUCCGCCAAGAAGGCGCAGAAGCAGUGCAAAAAAAUCAACAGGAAGGCUGCCUCUGGCAUUGAAGGAAGCAGGGUGGUCAAGCUGUUGUCUGAAGCAAGAGAGAUAGCUGCCACAAUUCUCGAAUCAACACUGCAACUCUUGUCGAAGCAAGUUGCAAUGCCAAGUCCUGGCAAAUGGUCUCUUGUAUCCAAGGCUUUCCAGAAGAAGAGAGUUGUGUGCGAGCAGGAGCAAUUGCAGAUGUUGGAGUUGGACAUUGUGGACCUUGAAAGCGGAGUUGAGACUUUGUUCAGGAGGUUGAUCCAGAGCAGAGUUUCACUUCUAAAUGCUCUUAGCUUGUAG